ACGCCCAGAAAUGUAUCAUUCGACGAUCAAGUUCACUUCUGUAAAGAACUCAGCCAAAUCCCAAAAGCAACAAUAUGGCAUUCAAGUUUGUUUUCGCACUCGCCUUCGUCGCCGUGGCCAGCGCUGGCUAUGUGCCCGAGGCCUAUCACGCAGCUGGUCCAGUUGCCACUUACGGUGCGCCCGUGGCUGUGGCCCAGAAGGUGGUGGUCAAGUCCGACGAGACCUACGAUCCCCAUCCCCAGUACCGUUUCUCGUACGGAGUCGAUGACAAGCUGACCGGUGACUCCAAGGGUCAGGUGGAGGAGCGCGAUGGUGAUGUCGUCCGUGGCGAGUACUCGCUGGUGGAUGCCGAUGGCUACAAGCGCACCGUCCAGUACACCGCCGAUCCCGUCAACGGCUUCAACGCUGUGGUCAACCGUGAACCGCUGGUCAAGACCGUCGCUGUUGCUCCCGUUGUGAAGACUAUUGCUGCCGCCCCAGUCGCCCACUAUGCCGCGCCCGCUCACUAUGCUGCCCCAGCUGUGGUCAAGACGGUCGCCCCCGCUUACUCCACCUAUGCUGCUCCAGCUCAGGUGGCUCACUAUGCCGCUCCAUCUGUCCAGUAUGCCGCCCCAGCUGUUGUCAAGACUGUUGCUCCUGCUUACUCCACCUAUGCUGCCCCAGCUCAAGUGGCCCACUAUGCAGCCCCAGCUCAGGUGGCCCACUAUGCCGCCCCAGCUCAGGUGGCCCACUAUGCCGCCCCAGCUCAGGUGGCCCACUAUGCUGCCCCCGCUGCCCACUAUACCGCUCCAGCUGCGCACUACGCCACCUACUCCGCACCAGCCGUCGCCUACCAUCACUGAAAUGUUUAAUUCUUUAUAAUCGUAUAUAGAAUCGUUGCUCA